UGUCUAUCGCCGAAACCGGCGCCAUGCCCAUGGUGUGUGGCUUAACAUUGUUGAAGUAUAACAAAGAUACGGAUGCAGAUACAGAUACAGAAAGACCACUACCACGAUCGACUUUCGAUCGCUCCCCGAGAACACCCCGUCGAUCGACGCUUUGGCGAAGGCGAAGGUCGCCUCGACGGAAUCGGACCCCGGGUGAAAGGGAGCUCCAAGAUUACCGGCUCGAUCCGACGAUAACUGGUUGUCGGCCUCGGAGCACGGUCCGUCCGCGAAAGAGAUCAAGAAAGACCACCGGAGGAAUCCGCUGAGAUUACUUCCGAGCACGUUCGGAUAAGACGCGCGGUCGCCGCGUCAGGCGCUGACAAAAGAACGUCCGCUUCCGAGGGGGACUUCCCGGUCCCCUCGGGGCGGCGGUAUCGCUUUUUCCCGGUUACCGAGUUUCCUCGAGUUCCGCGAGGACCGGUGACGCAACCGGACUCACGCGAAUCGAUUUACGGAACGCGUUACCGGCGCAUUUUUACAAGUUUCGCAAGUCGAUCCGCAGUCAUCUCGGCCGAGCUCGCGAGGUAAGCGAUCGUCGUCUCCGGGAGUCCUCGGUGCUUGUUUGGUUCACAUCGUUGGGUACAUCGCAUGGUUUACGUCGUUUGAUACAAUUCCUUGGUACGUCGCUUGGUUAACAUCGUUUGGUACAACGCUUGGUUAACAUCGUUUGGUACAACAUUUAGUACGGCGCUUAGUUAACAUCAUUUGCUAUAGCGUCUGGUCGCGCCGAAGUCCGAGGAAGGCGCGCGACAGGUCGCGCUGAGACUCGGGGAAGGUGCGCGCCAGGUCGCGCUGGAACGCGAGGAUGGAGCUAGGUCGAGUGAAUGCGACGGGAACGACGGCGAGCACCUCCACCGGGAACGGCUGGACCAGUGCUCGAUCCACAGCCCAUCCGCCUCUGGGAAGAGAGAACUCCGGGUUCCUGGACGACGAUGGGCGUCCAGGAGUCCUUUCGAAGAGCCUGACGAGCACGGCCCUCGUCGGGGAGGCUACUCCCCCGCUGGUGCCAUCUUCCAGGAAGACCUGGGCGAACGGCACCGAGUUCCUGAUGUCCUGCGUCGCUAUGUCGAUCGGUCUCGGCAAUGUAUGGAGGUUUCCGUUCACCGCGUACGAAAACGGUGGAGGCGCCUUCCUGGUGCCCUACGUCGUGGUGCUCUUCCUUGUGGGCAAGCCUUUCUACUACCUGGAGAUGAUCCUGGGACAGUUCAGCAGCAGGUCCUCGGUGAAGGUGUGGUCGGCGGUUCCUGGGUUUAAGGGCGUCGGCUGGGGCCAGACCUUUUCCAUGGUGGCGGUCGGCACUUAUUACUGCUCCCUUAUGGGGGUGACUUUAUUCUACAUGGUGGGCAGCUUCAGCUCCGUUCUACCCUGGUCCACCUGCCAGCCCGAGUGGGGGGAUUCCUGCGUCGAUUCUUCCGUAUCGCGGGCGAACCGCUCCGGUUUGGACCGCGUCUUCAGCUCGGCGGAGCUGUAUUUCCUGAGGACGGUUUUGCGUGAGAAGCCGGACAUCUCGGAUGGAAUUGGUCUGCCAGAUUGGCGGCUGAUGUUGGGUUUGUUGAUCGCUUGGAGUUGCAUCUUCGCAGUCCUGGCUAGAGGCGUUAAAAGCACCGGAAAGGCUGCUUACUUCCUCGCCAUUUUCCCCUACGUAGUGAUGAUUGGCUUGCUGGUUCGAGCCGUCACCCUGGAGGGUGCCCUGGACGGCAUCGCCUUCUUUGUGCGACCUCGCUGGUCCAAAUUGCUCGAUCCUGCGGUUUGGUACGCCGCAGUUACCCAGUGCUUCUUUUCCCUCUCUGUCUGCUUCGGAGGAGUCAUCAUGUACGCCUCCUACAACGAGUUCCGACAUAACAUCUACAGGGAUGUUCUUGUAGUAACUACCCUGGAUACCUUCACCAGCUUAAUGGCUGGCGUGACAAUUUUCGGGGUCCUCGGCAACCUGGCCCACGAGAUGGGUGUCGACGAUGUAGGCAAGGUGGUGCGAGGUGGAACAGGGCUUGCCUUCGUUUCCUACCCUGAUGCGAUAGCAAAAUUCACCGUGGCGCCGCAGUUCUUCUCGGUGCUCUUCUUCCUGAUGCUCUACGUUCUGGGCAUCGGCAGCGCCGUGGCACUAGCUGGAGCCAUCGUCAGCAUCAUCUGCGACCAGUUUCGCGGAACUAAGUACUGGCAAGUGGCCCUGGCCACGUCGAUCACCGGAUUCGCCUUGGGGACGGUCUACUGCACUCCAGGCGGUCAGUUCGUGCUGAACCUGGUCGACUACUACGCGGGCUCCUUCAUCAUCUUCUUCCUGGCAACUCUUGAAGUCACCGGGAUCAUCUGGAUCUACGGGCUGGAGAAUUUCCUGGACGACGUGGAAUUCAUGCUGGGUCGUCGUCCUGGGAUUUAUUGGCGACUUUGCUGGGGUCUGGUCACUCCUCUUCUGCUCGGGGUUAUCUUUAUCUAUACCCUGGUGGACCUGCACCCUCUCACCCACGGCGGGGUCCUCUAUCCUGAAAGCGCCUACGCUGCCGGCUGGACCUUGUUCGCGUUUGGCGCCUUACAGGUUCCAUUUUGGUUGGCCUACACGAUUGCCUCUGAAAGGAAGCUCGGCAUGCCAAAGAUGUUCCAAGCGGCGUUCCGGCCCUCUAGGGAGUGGGGGCCGAAAGAACCGGAACAUCUCGCAGCCUGGUUACGUUUCAAGGAGACUGCGAGAGCGAGUCGCGAGAAAUGCGGCGUCCCUCGAUUAAAGAGAUUCUUUCUCGUCGUCCUAGGCUGCGAGGACCGGAUAGCGUGACAAUUCGAUCCUCGCAACCCCUUCGCAUCUUACCCGC